GACCAGAGCUUAUAACAGCAGUUGGUUAGUCCUCUCUCUGACAGCAUCAUGUGUAGUGGGAAAUGCUCCCGCUGCAUCGCUGGCACUCUGUACCCAUUAGUGCUCAUAUCCAUCAUCUGUAACAUUGUGUUGUUCUUCCCUGGAUGGAACGUCAAGUAUGUCAAAGAAAAACAUGUUACUGAAGAGGUGUAUUACAUGGGGGGACUCGUUGGAGGGGGUGUAAUGGUGUUGAUCCCAGCACUGUACAUCCACAUGACUGGAGAACAAGGAUGCUGUGAGACUCGCUUUGGGAUGUUCUUGUCCAUAAUAUUCGCAGCAGUGGGUGUGGCUGGUGCCGUGUACAGUUUUAUUGUGGCAGUGGUUGGUCUGGAUUAUGGGCCCCUCUGCAAAGUUGAUGACCAAUGGACACAACCUUUUAAAGACAGUAACAUCACCUACCUGACUCACUCUCAGUUGUGGGUGAAGUGCCUGGAGCCCAAGAAAGUGGUGCAGUUCAACAUGGGACUGUUCAUUACUCUGAUGGUAACCAACUGUCUGCAGGCUUUGCUCUGUGCCAUUCAGAUGAUCAAUGGCCUCGUUGGCUGCCUGUGUGGACCUGGCAAAGAGCAACCGUAAGUUCCUUGUCUGGAGGCCUCCGAGCAUUUGCACUCAUACUACAUCUGAAGAGUUGGCUUGCGCUCAUGGCUGGAGGUGUUUCUGGAGGUGUUUCUGGAGUGUUUCUGGCUGCAUCUGCAUAAAUUUAUUGCUUUUAAAUUGUUGUCUCUGAUAACAGAUUUGGAAAUUUUCAUUGCAGUGUAUUUCACAGUUUCUUCACACUGCAAUGUUAUGAGAAGCAUUCAAAACAGUUCGUGUAAAUUGUAUGGUCAAUUUAAAAUUAGUUGGUUUAAAAUAAAAUCUGCUGAUUCACUACUA